GCUGUCCAUUCAACAACAUCCACCCACUCGACAUCUAUGCCUUUAACAGAUUAUCCUUCCGUCACAACAGAAUCACUUCCUACAAAGGAAGUGUCCACACAAGUAAGUCCAGAGUUCUCAACUGAAGGGAUGCAAUCUCAAACAACUAGUGACUCAGCAACAACUUUAACAUCAGAGGAAUCAGCUCAUUCCACCGUCUCUUACACCAGCGAAGCUGUCCAUUCAACAACAUCCACCCACUCGACAUCUAUGCCUUUAACAGAUUAUCCUUCCGUCAGUUCUGACACUACCGAACCAACUUCAACAGAGUACACAUCAAGUAUCCUAACUGGACAGACUAUUACAACAGAAUCACUUCCUACAAAGGAAGUGUCCACACAAGUAAGUCCAGAGUUCUCAACUGAAGGGAUGCAAUCUCAAUCAACUAGUGACUCAGCAACAACUUUAACAUCAGAGGAAUCAGCUCAUUCCACCGUCUCUUACACCAGCGAAGCUGUCCAUUCAACAACAUCCACCCACUCGACAUUUAUGCCUUUAACAGAUUAUCCUUCCGUCAGUUCUGACACUACCGAACCAACUUCAACAGAGUACACAUCAAGUAUCCUAGCUGUCCAUUCAACAACAUCCACCCACUCGACAUCUAUGCCUUUAACAGAUUAUCCUUCCGUCACAAUGGAAUCACUUCCUACAAAGGAAGUGUCCACACAAGUAAGUCCAGAGUUCUCAACUGAAGGGAUGCAAUCUCAAUCAACUAGUGACUCAGCAACAACUUUAACAUCAGAGGAAUCAGCUCAUACCACUUUGUCUGCCUCAAGCGAUGCUGUCCAUUCAACAACAUCCACCCACUCGACAUCUAUGCCUUUAACAGAUUAUCCUUCCGUCAGUUCUGACAUGACAGAACCAACUUCAACAGAGUACACAUCAAGUAUUCUAACUGGACAGACUGCUGUCCAUUCAACAACAUCCACCCACUCGACAUCUAUGCCUUUAACAGAUUAUCCUUCCGUC